AUGCAUAUCCGCUCACUCGCCUCUGUGGCCUUCGUGGCCUUCGCUGCCCAGGCUUUCGCGCAACAACAGACCAAGAUCUUCAAGCGCAGCAUCACCGCCGGAAGAGAUUUGGGUCUCAUGCGCCGCGCCGACGACGGUUACCAGCCCGCAGACGAAGUCUGCAACAAGGGUGGGAACACCUGCGCUGAGGCCUGCGGAACCGGCUAUGAGCAGUGCAAGUCCACCGACCAGGCCGUCCACUGCUUCAACCCGGCCGCCGGCGAGACUUGCUGCUCAACCACCACCGGAAACUCCUGCUUGUCAUCUUUCUACUGCACCCACGGCAGCAACAGCGACACAACCUGCUGCCCCAACGGCAUGAACCUCGCCGACUGCGCCGCAAAGCACGGCGUUAGCGGCCUCACCUCUGACCCACCCGUCGUCGCGAGCACUUCUGUUCCUCCCACCACCAGCAAGACCACCCCUCCCCCGACCACCAGCUCAACGCAGGCACCGCCGACCACCACCUCAUCCUCGGUCGUCGUCGUCACCACCUCCAGCACUCCUGCCCCGUCUUCCACCCUCGCUCCUUCCACUUCCGCGGUGCCUAGCACUACCGAGGUGACCACCGAGGCCUCCACGACCUUUGUUCCUAGCGCCGGUACCAGCACAGCCUUUGCCUCGAGCAACGGCACCACCCUGGCCACGACAUCGACUCGCUCCAGCGCGAGGAGUACCCUUUUCCCUUCGUCGGCGACCACCUCAGCCUCUGCCCCCGAUCAGAACGCCGGAAGCAGCAACGGGCCCGCCGGCAUGGCGAUCCUCCUCGGUGCUGCCUUUGUCGCCGCGCUGCUCUAA